AUGGCUCUCCCUGAGGAAGGUACGGGAGACCACUCAGAGGAAGAGGAGGGAGCCCAGGAGGAAGGGGGGACUGUUAGCAGCAUAGGACUCUGCGCCCUAGGAGGUAGACUGGAUGGGGGGUGGGGGAGAAGGAGGGGAGGGGGGGAGGAGGAGGAGGAGGAUGAGGAGGAGAAGGAGAAGGAGAAGAAGAAGAACAAGAAGAAGGAGGAGAAGGAGAAGGAGGAGGAGGCACCUCGGCCCAUGCCGAGCAUCCUGCAGGACCUGGAAAGCCAGGAGUCCAUGGUGGCAUUUUUAACAUCAGCUGUAGCCAGUGCAGACGGGGAGCAGGCUCGGCUCCGUGGGCAGCUGAAGGAGCAAAGGCUGCGCUGCCGGUGCCUGGCUCACCUGCUGGCCUGGGCCCAGAAGCAGCCAGAGGCAGCAGCCCCAGCCCCAGGGACUGGGAUGGAUUCUGUGUGUGGGGGGACCCACCAGGCCCUGCAGGGGGCCAUGGAGAAACUGCAGAGCUGCUUUAUGCAGCUGAUGCAGGAAAAGGUGGACCUGAAAGAGCGGGUGGAGGAGCUGGAACAUCGCUGCAUCCAGCUGUCUGGAGAGACAGACACCAUCAGAGUCUACACCGCCCUCUCUCAGCCAGGGGGCAGCGCUGAAGGAGCAGCACCGACAGGAGGAGGAGCACACCCACAGGCUAGCCCAGGACAAGGAGGAGACGAAGGCCGGGUGAAGCUGCUGGAGCUGCAGGAGCUGGUGUUGCGGCUUGUGGGCGACAGGACCGAGGGCCAUGGCAGAUUCCUGGCAGCUGCCCAGAGCCCUGCUCAUGAGCCAGCUCCAGGGGCCCCAGCCCCCCGGAGCUCAGGGCUGCCGACAAGCAGGGUGAUGAGUAGUGCCCUCAGGCGGGUUGGGCAGGCAAGAGCAAGGGAGGCUGGCAGUGUGCUCAGAGCCCUCCUCCCUCUCUGCAAAGAUCUUUGCCAGGUGACCCUCACCAGCAGCGUGGAGCCUGCACAAGGAGAGGUCGGGGAGGGUUCUCCCCUCGACAACCCCAGUGCACAGCAGAUCAUGCAGCUGUUUGGUGAGAUGCAGAACCCUCAGGAGCGCCCAGGCUUGGGCAGCAUCCCCUGCAUUCUGUUUUCCUACCAGGCUGACAAAAACCACCAAGUGAAGAUCACCCUCAUCUGAAAGCCAGUUGCCUUCAGCAAAGCCAGGAGAAGGGGGGCACCCAGCCACGUGGUGACAGCCACCUUCCCCUACACCACCAUGCUGUCCAUCUGGGUGGCUGCCUGCCAUAUCCAUUCUGCCUUGGACACCUACAUCAAGAUGCCCAAGACCUUGUGGGAGCCAGAGCAUCUCCCAAGAGCAUGGAGAGCUUGUUCAUGAACCUGGUCUGGUUGGUUUGGCUCUGGCUUUGACCAAAGACAUGCUUAGUGCUAAUCCCACACUCCUGGCUCAGAUGGAAGGACAGUCCACUUUUCUCUUCCACUGCUAGAGGCCUGCAAAGCAAGGACCUGAGGCUCCCCAUGGCUGGGCAGGCCCCAGGAACUGACAUGAUGAGUGACACGAGUUCUGGAAGCUUGGAGGUGAGCCCUGGUAGCCAGGAGACUUCAUUUGCUACCGUGUCACCUGGGGAGAGCGGCCGCGGCUGGGAGGUUGGUGACACCUGCAGUGAGUGCGGCUACAGAGAGGCGCCAGCGGCUCCUCUUUUGAGGAGCUGGACCUGGAGGGUGAGGGGCCCUUGGAGGAACCACGGCUGGACCCUGAGACUGAGCCCCUGGGGGCUACCAAGUGGCCCUGAGAGCCCAGUACCCUGAGAAGGGCAAGGAGUAAUCCAUGACCAGCCCCCUCCUGCGGGGCAGUGCUGCGGAACCGAGCAGACUCUGCAGCCAUCUUCCUCCUUCUCCUGGGGGCGAGGGGUUCCCAGGGGACCUGACUCCCCCUGCUCUAGGCCUCUUGUGAAGCCUUCUCCUCACUGUCCUUUAGGCUCCCAGGGCCAAAGCAGCCAAAGACUAUAUCCUGCACCAGCCCUGUGGGCCACCACUCCUGUUGUAUCUCUUUUUGAGACUGUCACUGGAGCUUCCAGGACCCAGAAUAAAGCCAAUGACUUACUUGUUUCA